AGCGGGAGGGGGGUGGGGGCUCAGAGCGGGCAGCCGUUGGUGAAGGCGCGCGCUUUCGAGGCGCGCUUUUCGAAUUUGAAUCCAUCCAAUAGGAGCGGCGCAUUCCUGUCAGCCAAUCAGAGAGCGGAAGCGGUCUAUAAAAGGACUCUCGGCAAGCAGCGCUGCUAUUUCUUCCCUUCGACUCCCUCAGGUCGGUGCGCGCCCCUUCAGCCAUGGCGCGGACAAAGCAGACGGCGCGGAAAUCCACGGGCGGGAAGGCGCCCCGCAAGCAGCUGGCCACCAAGGCUGCCCGCAAGAGCGCGCCGGCCACGGGCGGCGUCAAGAAGCCGCACCGCUACCGGCCCGGCACGGUGGCGCUGCGCGAGAUCCGCCGCUACCAGAAGUCCACGGAGCUGCUGAUCCGCAAGCUGCCCUUCCAGCGCCUGGUGCGCGAGAUCGCGCAGGACUUCAAGACCGACCUGCGCUUCCAGAGCUCGGCCGUCAUGGCUCUGCAGGAGGCCAGCGAGGCUUACCUGGUGGGGCUCUUCGAGGACACCAACCUGUGCGCCAUCCACGCCAAGCGCGUCACCAUCAUGCCCAAGGACAUCCAGCUAGCCCGCCGCAUCCGCGGCGAGCGCGCCUGA